GGAUACACAGUCAGUCAGUCAGUUAGUCGUUAGUGAGUCUGUGAGUCAGCUGUUGUCUUUAGGAGUCAAGUCGUCGAGUAGAAGAACUCGAGUGCAGAGGACGGGAAGGCGGCUGGCUUGACCUUGAAGGUCGCACAUCCACUCACUUAUUCCUCCGCCCUUCGCCCUUACUCGGGGGAGACUCCUCUUCUGAGCGGAAUCCGGGCCGUGGGCGGCCCCUCAACUGUCCCCAUCCGUCAGUUAGACUUGUUCGAUUUGGACCAUUUGGACCCCGGCCAAUAUCCCACUUUCCACCAUGAAUCGGAUCAAAUCCGCGCACCGUGAUCGAUUGCGCGAGUUCAUGUCAUUGACGCAGACGACGGAACGCGUGGCCAUUCAAUGUUUGUCCGUGCACGAUUGGAAGCUGGAUAUUGCCCUGGACGCCUACUUCUCACAUCCCGACUACUUCCACGGCGGGGGUGGGGGCCAGCCUCCCAUGGUCUCAGGGCGUGCCCCGGCCGUUGACCGACGCAAAUUGGAACAGCUCUACAACAAAUACAAAGAUCCCAACGAUGCGGGCAAGAUCGGAAUGAACGGCGUGGUGAAGCUCCUGGAGGACCUCCAGUUAGACGCGAGUUCCCGUUUGGUCCUUUUGUUGGCUUGGCGAUUCAAGGCGGCAGCCCAAUGCGAGUUUUCACGGGAAGAGUUCAUGUCCGGCAUGGCAGACUUAGGCUGUGAUUCCGUGGAGAAACUCAAGAGCAAGCUUCCCACCUUGGAACGAGAGAUUAUGGAUCCGAAUCGAUUCAAAGACUUCUAUCAGUUUACCUUCAACUACGCCAAGAAUCCGGGGCAAAAAUCCUUAGAGCUAGAAAUGGCCUUAGCUUACUGGAAUAUUGUCUUGGAGGGGCGAUUUCAAUUCCUUAACAUAUGGAUCACAUUUCUCAAGGAAAACCACAAAAGAUCCAUUCCCAAAGACACUUGGAACCUGUUGCUGGAUUUUGCCCAGACGGUGGAUGAAAAGAUGUCCAAUUAUGACGAGAACGGGGCAUGGCCCGUCCUCAUAGAUGACUUUGUCGAAUACGCCCGGCCCAUCAUUUCUCCCCAAGCCUCUUAGACUGAGAGCCCGAGUCAACCGAAACAACAACAACAACAUACAUCCCACACACAAUGCCGAAAAAAGUUGAAAAUAAAACAUAUAUUCCCGCCCUCUCUUGUCUCUGGCCGAGGUUAGAACCAAUUCAAUGGGACAACCAACCCACCAACAACUCGUCAACUUUGGGACAGAUAGUGGCCCCAAGUAUUUCUCCUGUCUCAAUCCCCGAGGCUGGAUCGUCAAAAGUCAAGUGGACGACGAUCCAUUGGAUCUCGAGGGUUGAAUGACAUCAUCAUCAUCAUCAUCAUCAUCAUCAUCAUCAUCAAAGUAAGAGGGUUGGUUGACACAUAACCACACGCACGACUAUCUCAAUCUCCCUCGCUCUGUAUUGGGAUUGAUUAGAGCUCGAAUAAAUUUGGAAAUAACA